AUGACAGAGGAGGUGCGUUAUCGAGGAGUGCGGAAGAGGUCGUGGGGGAAAUACCAGGCAGAUAUAUGGAUAGGAACCACUAAGUACUUAGGUAUGUUCAACACCGCAAAGGAGGCUGCGUUGGCAUAUGAUGCGGCAGCAAUAAAGUUUCGCGGUGCCAAGGCCAAGACCAACUUUCCGAUUCCAAGACUUCGAAAUAGUGCUGGUGGUGGAACUGGAGAUGGAGGUGUUGCUGCCGUUGCCAGUGAAUCAGAGUCAUCUUCACUGCAAUCUAGGGGCAUUGAGAUUGAUUUGAAUCUACCUCCGCCACCAGAAGACAUGUGA